ACCCCCUGCCCACUGACCUCCCUGUGCUCCCUUUGCGCUGGCCCCAUGCCCACUGCGGAUGUUGGGAGCAGCAGUGUUAGUGAAGUGGCAGCAAAAGCUCCCUCAGAAUAGAUUACGCCGUUCCAGCCACAUCUAAGGGGUGGGGGGUGAUUUAAAAAUUGGCUGGAGGCGUAUGUGCUGGGUGCAGGCCGCUUGCCAGAGCCCUUGUGUUGCCUCCUGGAGCACUGCUGCACUGUAAGAGGCAUAGCUGCUUGAAAGUGCCAUUCUUGACAUAUCCCAUCUGCUGUGUGCUUACUUACCGGGGUUUGGAGCAUGUGAAGUGCUGCCAGAGGAAUUAUUUGUGUUUUCAUUUCCACUUCUUCAGAUGUUUCUGCCCUGAUCUGUGCCUUUAGAAGUGUGACGCUCGUCGGUAUUGGGUGCUGUGGGACAAUCAUUCACACUACAGAGCCAAGAUGGUGGCGUUUAACUGGAAGGCUUUGGAGAAUUUCCCAUUGCUGAUGUACAUUUUGGCAGCUAAAACAUUGAUUCUUUGCUUAGCAUUUGCUGGAGUAAAAAUGUACCAGAGCAAAAAAAUUGAAGAAAAAUUCAAGAGGGAACGUGAAGAGAAAUUGAAAAAAGAAGCAGAGAAGAAGGAUGAUUGAAGAUAUAGAGUUUAUUUGACAACCUGAUGUUCAAUAAUGGCACUGUUAUGUUUAUCUCAUUACAUUUUAGCUCGGAUAUGUUUGGAUUACGCAAUUUAGAACUAUCGCUGUUAUUUGAGUUCUUGUAGAAUUUGUGUCCUCUGAUGCCUCAGUGUAUAUGCACAUCCAUAUCAUGCCCAUUCUUUGUAAGAAUACAGUUACAGUUAAUGAUGAUUCAUGAUUUCAGAGAUCUUAGCAUGGUAUUCUCUUUCUGCUAUUUAUCUCCCUGAAUUUUUAUGCCUGAUUGGUUGUGUAGGAUGUCUUGAUACAUUGAAGAGGUUGUUAAGUUAAGCAAAAAAGUACAUGAAAGGCAUGUCAGACAGGAUGAAAUAACAGGACUCCCUGACCUUAAAUACCGUAAUUAAAAUGGAAGAGGAUGAGCCAUUCCAUGCUAGUUCAAUAUAUGACAAGUUUUAGGUAGUUUAGCUGGCAGGGCCAAAUCUCAUGCCAUGGAGCUUCCCAGGAUAAGACAAAUGCUGCAGAUUAUGCUGUGUAACAUACUGUAUUCACAGUACAGUAUAUACUUGGAAAUCUUUGGAAAUCUUAUGGAAAUCUUUCUCCAGAAAAGAGCAAAAUGAGCAUUACCAAAGUUCAGAAAGGUUUGGAUUUAAAUUCCCAGUGUGCCAAAUUGCUUCCCACUGUCUUCAAAAUAAGCUUAAGCAAUCAUCACCUCAUUGGAUCAAGUCCAUUAGCAAAAUCAGUGUUUUCUAGCAUUAAGAUUAUAUACCCUGCAUUGUUUGCCAUGUGAUUUUUGUAUCAUUUCAUUUCUCUUCACUCUGCUCUGCAGAAAAAUGGGAAUUUCUAUUCCUGCCUGCCUUUUGUAAGCUCAGUGGAGAGUUAAAGUAAUGUUACUCUUUAUUAAACUGGAAAUCUUA